UAAGAACUGCUGAACCCCAUUUUUCAUUUAUCUUAAUUACCGGUGUCUUUGCAUGAUUUUUAUAGCUCGUUUUAAUCGUCUCAUUCUCAAGAUAUUCAUGAACUGGUACAAGUGUGUUUAAACACUAAAAUGGGAAGAACAUUGAGUUUAGGCCUGGAAUUAUACUGUCAUUUUUCUUCAAAGGUGUCCAUUUAUAACAUUUCUUUCCCAUCAUCCGUUGGCAUAUCUGGAAAUACCGUAUCUGAGUUUGUGUAAGCUUUUUGGGGAAGAAUUUUUUAGAAGUUUACAUGAUGUAACGGUUAAAACCCAAACUUACACGUGCUAAAAUUCUUUAGAAGGCCUCAUUUUAAACUUUGUAUGUAUAUAUAAAAACAAUAAUAUCUUUUUAAAAGAAGGAGAGUUUUCUAAGAGUUUUUUAAGGAAUAUGCAAGGGAUAAAACACUUGAGGUUGCGCUGUUACAGGAAACUAAUCAGUAACAGGGUAGUGUGAUGCAGCCUGACAUGUCGCGGAGUUACUCUUAUUGGUCAGAAGGGUUUUAUUCCUCUUAUACCACAGGAUUUUUCCGAUGAAUGCAAUUUUUUACAUUUGUUAUAAUACAACACGUCGGGGUUUUUUUAUUUUCAUUUUUUUAUCCGUUUCUAGUAAUAUUUCAUGUUCUGGAACGUCCACGAAAUAAGUGUGUUCCUGUUCGUAAGCUAAUACGACCAAAAACUAGCUUGCCAUCUUUCCAAGUCCCGAAGACUUUCCCAUGUCGGAAAACUUACUGACACAGGAGACUCCUUCGGUAAACGUUAGACGCUUCUUUUACGGAAAACUUCACCAUAUGAACGAUUUUUCUUAAAUCAUGUUAAAUUCUUAAAAAUGUUAAAUAAACAUAUAAUCGUUGAUAUGAUGACAUUUUUUCUUAGAGGAUAUGUUUAUUCAACAUUUAUUGUCCUUGCUUUCUAUCAGUCAGAAAGUUUUCCGACCCGGGAAAGUCUUCAGGAAAGAGGCUACGGUCUAAGAGGAAUACAAGAACCUAGUCGUUGAUUUUUAUUUUCCUAUAACUGUUGCUUUCAUGCACUUCUCUCAGAAAUCCCAGCCUGACUACUCUGAUGUAUACUCUAAAAGAGCAAACGCGAGUCUUCUGGACUGUACCAGUCAUAUCAGCAUGAGCUUCAUUAUCAGUGACUAGCCUUCCAGAUCGUUCCGUCCGUCUUCCUGGCUCGAGGACACAGAAAGAGGAGGAGAUCGAAGAGCAGGGAGGGGUCAAAGCAGGGCAUCAAAAGCUAGACAUGCACGAACAGGAAAAGCUAAAAGAGGAGAGAGGGAGUAAGGGAAGGGCAGAGUUCUGCUACACAGAUGCGGAGAUUACAGCAGCUGUUAGAACUCUGGAGACGCUUGCUUUUCCAGUGUGGGUUGAACAAAUGGUCGAGCCACAUAAACAGAUGUUGCAGAACCUAGCUGACCGAGGAGAAGAAGAGUCCCGACAGAACAGGCCAGAGGGAGCUGCUAAAAUGCCCAUGACUACAUAAGAAGAGCAAAAACGGACUGUCUACGUAGGAAUCAAUACUGCAGCAAGACUAGACUACAGCUUACAGGGAAAAUAAACAAAAAAAGGUCUGAAGAUGCGGGCGAUUGUGGGCAUCAUGUGUCUGUGCCAGUGUGUAGUUGGUCAGCUGUUGGAGGCCAAAGCGAAGACCACUUCACCGCGAUUUAUUUGCAGUGUCCCAGGUCUACCGGGUACGCCGGGGAAGCCGGGACCGCCCGGGCCUUCAGGGGCUGAAGGCCAUGUUGGAAUUCUGGGCAGAGACGGCAGGGACGGUCGGAAAGGCGAGAAAGGCGAGAAGGGGGAAACGGGAAUUAAAGGAAAAGUUGGACCAACUGGCAAAAUCGGCGAGCGUGGAGAAAGAGGUCCGACGGGUAAGCGAGGCCCAGAGGGCGAGAGCGGAGACCCGGGACAUACAGGACCCCAAGGACGGGCUGGACUGAGAGGAGCAAAGGGCCAAAGAGGCCCACGAGGAUUGCCAGGCAAGUGCCUCUGUGGUAGCCUGGUACCCAAGUCGGCCUUCUCCGUGGCCAUCACCAGCAGCUACCCGGCCGAGCAAGCGCCAAUCAAGUUCAACAAAGUCCUGUUCGACGAGGGCGGCCAUUACAACCCUCAGACAGGCAAAUUCAUAUGCGCAUACCCCGGAAUCUAUUACUUCUCCUACGACAUCACGCUGGCCAAUAAGCACUUAGCCAUCGGCCUGGUGCAGAACGGGAUUUAUCGCAUUAAGACGUAUGAUGCCAACACGGGGAAUCACGACGUCGCUUCUGGUUCGACGGUGAUAUUCCUCAACCCAGAGGACGAGGUGUGGCUGGAGAUCUUCUUUAAGGACCAGAACGGUCUGUUUUCGGAUCCGAGCUGGGCCGACAGCCUCUUUUCAGGGUUUCUGCUCUAUGCAGAUACUAGUUACCUGGAUGCACUAUCAGAGGACUAUUCUUAAAUCACUGUAAGGAUUAAAUAUAUUUUAUUAAGAUGAAGGACUCUACGGGCUCGGACUAAAAUUUUAUUUUUAACAUAAACAAAUGAUAACAAAAGGGAGAUAUUAACUUAUCUGAUGAUCGCAAACGAUACAGAGGUCUUCAUUUUUGACCAUUUAUUACUAUUUUGAACAAAUAGAUGUAUUUCAAGCAGUUUUAUUCUGCAUGUCAGUGGACUACCAAAUCCUCCUGGGCCCGGGAGAAGUUCCCCGGUUGUCCCCUGUGACGGUGGUGCGGAUUCUUGAUGUGUAUAUAGUGCCAGGUUAAUAUUUCCAGUACACAUUUUCUUACAAACACAAAUCUUUAUGGACAGAAAGGCAUGGCAAAUGAGCCACUGGCCUAAAGAGUCCUGUUUAUACUCGCAGAAAAUAAGUGUAUAAGGCUAUUUUCUCUUUCUCAUGAUCGGUGUCUUCUGGAAUCUGCAUUUUCUGUCCAAUAAAAAUACUACAGGUGUG